AACAACUUAUGUUCCAAAACUUCUAAAAAUCCCUUCGCUUUUAAAAUAUUACAUAUAUCUCAACAUUUACUAUUUUUAUUAAAAGUUGAGAUACAAGUUUAAGACCUCCUAUCCAUACGGUUUACUUUACCAAAAUUGUACCCGUUUCCUUCCUCAUUGUACGCCACAAUUUCAGCAGCAGUUUCAAUCCAUUCUUUCCCUCUAAUUCAAACUUUUGAAUUAAGGUAAAUUUUCCCCCUAAAAUCAUAUUAAAUUUCUUCUAUCAUUAUUUGACGAUUUGUUUUUUUUAAAAAAAAAAAUUGCCCCUGCGUUUUCUGAUUGAUUUUUUGGUGAUUUUGGUGAGCAAAUUCUUUGAUUUUUGGUUUUGUAGUCUACAUUGUUUUGAAUUAACAUUAUGAAUAGAGAUUCGGGACCAUAUUUUAGUCUUGGAAUCUCCCAAUUAGAAAGUAUCAAAGAAUAUGAAGAAGUUGUAAACUUCGUUCCUGGUAGUUUUGACUACGAAUUUAUUGGUUUUGAUGAAAAUAGAUCCAAGCAUAGAAACGAUCCACAUACUAUGAAGAAAUUGCGGGAAAAGUAUGCCAAGAAGGAUAAGAAAAAAGAAAUUCAUGUUUCUAAGAAAAGAGGAUCUAACAGUUCUGGAGGUAAAACUCCCGCUAAGAGAAGAAGAGUUGUUGAGGGAUUGAGUUACAUUAUAAAGAAAAUUCCACCGCAUCAUCUUAGAUUUGGGAGUUCAUGCAACUUAAAAUUUAAAGAUGAGAUUAAAGAAGUCGUCGGCCAAGAAGUUAUCGACUUAUUUGAAACGACUAUUUUUGGAUGUUAUCUCAACAUCCCUCUUUCAAAUUAUAUUGGAAAAAUUACCAAAUGUCUUCUUAUGCUCGAAAUCGAGCAACCAAAUCAAGAAGAGAUGCAUGUGUGUGUCAAAGGCAACAUUCUUAGAUUUUCUAUUUAUGAAUUUGCCUUGAUAACUGGCUUGAAGUGUUUUGGUAAUGUUGAAGAUUUCAAACAUGAUGAUUUUUCUCCGAGUAGGCUUAUGAGAAGGUACUUUCCUCAAUCAACGAAUGGGGUUGAUAAGGAGGCGUUGGUGAAACGUUUUCUGAAGGAUAAUUUUAAAACCAUAGAGGAUGCCCUCCAGAUGGCAAUCCUUUACUUCAUCUACUCACAGCUAAAUGCUUCUCCCAUUUUAUUUUUUGAUUUCAAGAUGGUGGAAGAUAGAAAAUACAAAUUCUUUCCUUGGGGUCAAGUUUCUUUCUCCAGGUUGAUGGCCUCACUUAGGCAAAAUUUUUUUUAGGAGAAGCAACUUUAUAGGUUGGGUGGCAUCCCUCAGGUUCUUUAUGUGUGGAUGUUUGAACUCUGUUCAAAUAUUAAUACUAAAGUUGUUGUGAAAGAGGGUAAUAACAUACCUCAUAUAUUGAAUUGAAAGGUUGUUGCA